CGUUGGUUGCGACAGUCGGUAGCGGCGCGUUCCAGGCGCCAGUCGCGGUAAUCAUGUAUCCUUUGGCGCGUUUACGUACCCCAACGCGAGCCGUCGCGACGACGACGGUUCCGGUGCUCUUUAUCCGCGUAGGUCUCGUAUCGCUCGCGUUUUUAUGGUGUCCGGUGUCAUGCCAGGAGAACAGCUUGACGAAUCGCAUGAGGGCGAUCAGCGAGGAUCUGGACCGGCAGCUGAACGAGAUCAUGGCUUCGCAGGCGCUCAGCUACUCAACAGUCAACACCGUCGGGCUGCCGUACAACGCCACCACCAAGUUCAAUCCGAAGGGUAUGGGCCAGCUGUACAAUGUGACAAAUAUGUUCAUCGACUUGGUGCAGAGCAAACAGGCGUAUCCCGAAGGUAUGAUCACCCUGGUUGACGGCGUGCCGGUUUUCGCGGACCCUCUGAAGGAGUGGAAGAUUAUAGUAACACAUUACGGAGGGCUGGCUGGUCUCGCUCUGAUUGGACUUCUCCUGGCAACUAUUCUCCCCUGCGCCGGUCUUUUCUUCUGCUGUUGCAGAUGCGCGGGACAUUGCGGCGCCCGAAGUCAGCCCUUCGACAAGAAGCAUGAUCACUGUAGGAAAAUAAUGCUUAGCAUCGUGCUAAUCGGAGUGGCUACCAUUUUGUUAUUCGGCGUGGUGUGCGCUUUCGUGACAAAUGAGUACAUGCAGGAGGGAACCAAAGAUCUUCCGUAUAACGCCAAGACUAGUCUGAAGGACGUCAAACUCUAUUUGACUACCACGAAACAAGAGAUCGACAAUUUGCUCAAAACCAAUCCCGAGGAGUUGGAAGUUACGCUGAACAAUAUUCUGCAGGCCAGCGGCAAAAUCGUUACCGAGCAACUGGCGGAAUAUUCACACGCCGUCUCUCUAACGAAUCUGAACGACAUCGUUGCUGGGUUGGAAUCAAUCCGGGAGGAUCUGAAAUUGAUGAACAAGAUAACGCAAGAAUUGCGAAUAAACGCCAGUCAAUUAGACAUUGUUGUUCGUGGCGUCAAGAAAAAUCUUCUCCAUACGCUGGCUGCAUGCACAACUGACAAGUGUCAACGGGUUCUACACGACUACAAAGUGAAUCAGAUGUCGGUACAAGUGGACUUUGAUAAAUACAUGGACCGUUACUUCCCAAAGCUGCCAGAUGUUACAUUCGCGUUGCACAACAUCACGGUGCUCAUGGAGGGCAAUAUAGUGUCAGAAGUGAGCCAAGGCAGGGACUCGUUUCUGAAGAUUCAGAAGGACAUUCAGCACGCCGUUAAUCAGACAAUACCUGUGGUCAGCGCGAGCAUCCGACGAGCAUGCGACUUCCUGGCGAGCAUCGCCAACAACAUGACUGCCAUCAUCGACAGAAUAAACGUCGACAUAGAUAGGGUUUAUAUUCGGCAUUUAGAAGUUGCCCGGAACAAUAUAGAUCAGUAUUCGCCCUAUAGGUACUAUCUUGGUCUGGGUAUAUCCGGUAUUCUUCUGACUGUCUUAAUGUGUUUAACGUGUGGCCUUCUCUGUGGUAUUUGCGGAAAGCGCCCGGACGGAUACGGAGACGAUUGCUGUAAUAAAGGAUCGGGUGCACGGUUUCUUAUGAUGGCUGUAUGGAUCAUCUUCCUUUUAACGAGCGUUCUGAUGGUUGUAACCGUCGUUCACAUGAUAACCGGCGUUAUGGCUCAACGCGGCAUCUGCGAACCAUUAAAGAAUCCGAAAGACAACAGGAUGUUCGAGCUGGUCGACGAGCUUGUGCAAAUCAAGAGGAUCCUCUAUCCUAAGAAUUCUAAUGCAAAUAUCAAUAUGAGUUAUAUUGUUACCAAAUGCCAUCAAAAUGAGACGCUCUACAACGUGCUGAAUCUGAAAAAUGUGUUCGAUGUUCAAAGUCUGCGCGAUUACGCAGGACGUUACGACAUCAACGAUACGAUUCAACAAUUGCGUCGCAAGAUCAGCCUCUCCCCCGGCGUGGUGAUUCUGAAAGACAGCGCGAGGUCGAAGCUGAACGAUUUGGCUCAGAGCGGUCUUAGCGACAUCAAAUUCUACCAGUACGCCGAGCUCCUCGCCGAAAACAUCACAAACAUUAACUUGGAACAUCUUGCCAAGCAAUUACGGGAAGUUUCCGCUAAAUUGCCGGAUGGACAGGAUGAAAUUAAGCUCAGCCUUGAGAAGAAUGCGCAUGACUUGGAACACUAUCACAGAGACCUGGUCAUGCCGAUGGCCACGCUCAGCGAGCAAUUAAGCGCGAACGCACUGACGCUUCAAGAGAACAUUAAAUUCAAUCAUAGUUCAAUGGCGGACGCUAUUCACGAUUUAGUGGAUGAAGUCACCAAGGCACAACAAUUUUUAAAUAAAGACGGACCAGAAUACGUUCAAUACCUCGCGACUAGAUUCGGCAAUGCAUUCUUGCAUCAAGUGGACAACUUCCUCGAACACGUGAUCGAGUCCGCGGUUUUCAAAAUCGGAAGAUGCGGUCCCGUUUCGAACGCUUACAACGCAACGCUCGUGGCAGGAUGUAACAAGGUCCUAGAUCCAUUCAACGGCUUCUGGGCGAGCGUUGGCUGGUGCUUGAUCCUAUUCAUACCGACGAUAGUGCUCUGUGUGAAGCUGAGCGCUCUGUAUCAAAAGUCAGAUCCAUAUCCAGGACCUCUGGUUGAAGCUGAAUAUUUGUAUGACGCGUACGCAGACAGGGAUAACAUACCCCUCGCCCACGUCCACGACAAGAAGCACUCCUCCCACGGCAGGCAUCAUCCCGCGGCGUACGUUGAGAGCUACGACGGCCCGGCGGUAGGAUACAGCGAGCGCGAGAGGAUUCCCGACGCUCAUCAGAGCACGUCGCAUCACGACUCGAGAUACGCCGACUUGGCGCCGAAAAAUUGGGACUUCCCCAACGGUGGUCCGCCAAGGUAUCAACCAGCUGCCGGGGCCCCGCCUCCUCUAAGCACCGAAUAUGAACGACCACCUCCUUAUUACUAUCCAGGACCAGGGGAUAGAAAUUAGGAUAUAAGUGCCGUGGCAUGCACGAAAGCAGCGCUGAACAGCGUGGCGACGCACAGCCUCACGCGCAGCUACAAACGAAAGAAGAGAGAGAAAUCCGGAUGUAAAAGGGACUACGUAUAAUAUUUUUACGUUUGCUCCUGAGCGUGCCACGGAUUGUGCGAACACCAAAAGUAACUAAAGACCAAGCUUGACACAGACUGAGAUAGGCUAAUGAUCCUUUCGCGACGUUUUUUCCUUCUGUGAAGCGCAAGUAGUGCAUAAUCGAUGCAUAAGCGCGAUGCAAAUUCCUCUUUUAAUAUUAUUUAAGGAUUAAAAUACUCAUAUAUUUCAGUACCGCGAAAGGAGCAUCGUUCUAGUUCGAAUACAAGUCGAUUAGAGAAUGUGAAAUCUCUCCAUUUGUCUUUUCGAAUUUUAAGGACAAAUACUCGAACGUUCAGUUCAACUCACUCGGCAUUUAUUUUUCAACAAGUAUAAACAUCCAUUGUAUACGUUGGAUCCUUCUGUUUUUAACCAUUGAAACCGAACGUAUUAAAUAUAUUCCUUUUAUUUUUAUUUCUAUCAUAACAAAACUGUUGAUUUGAUCGUGAGCACAUCAACAAUUUUAUUUUACGCGUGUUCGCAUCAUGUGGUUACAAGCAAAUGUGAGCAAUGACAGAACUGGACAGGAAGAAAAGAUCCUAGCUGAUUAAGAAUAGAAGAAUCCAAUUGUACUUUUUGCAUUUCUCGUCAGCCAGUAAGUAAUUAUAGGCACACGACAGAAGAAUCGAUCAAACAUGAGAGGGGGAGAUUAAAGAGAACAAACCGAUGAAAAGAUUCCUUUUGUUAACGAUUUAUAAAGACUGCGGCGUGAAAAAAUUACGCAUAUCUAUGUAGCACAAAUUAUUAAUGCUGCCAAUCCAACGCAUCGUUUUCCGUGAAGAGCCUCCGUUUUUUCGAUACUAGAGCGUCGAACCACCUCUUUAAACACUGAGCAAUGCCAUAUGAAAAUGCCAAACGACACGUGUGAUUUACACGCAUUCAGAGGCACGCAUUCGUGUCGCGAUUCAUCACUUCGGAUCUCGCUCGUCUCUAGCUAACAAAAAAUACAUUAAAAAGUGAUUCAUAUAUUCUGCCAAUGUUAACUUCUAUCGUGGCGGUAAAAAAAAGUGAGAGAAAGAGAGAGAAUUUCCGAACGGCGUAGCCGUUCUAUUAUAAAUACUCUGUGUACAUGGAUUUUUAAGUAGUCGUUUUCUUACUACUAUCUUAUCGUGUAACUUAUCGAUAUGCAUAUAUAUAUAUGUAUAUAUAUAUAUAUAUAAGCCGAGGCGAUUCUUAUGCCGCGUAGAUCGCGCCUGUACGUUCGCUUAAUCGGACUUACGCGCUAUACGGAUCCUUCGAUAAAUGUAUUAUUGCAGCAUUCGUCGUCCGUUCGAGUGCAGUAAUUCGUUGGGCAAACAAGCACGAAUGUUGCUCAUGCCUGUCGGUUUAAUUCGUAUAUGACAAAUCUAAGGAUUUAUAUGGUACUUUAUUGUUAUGAAUAUUGUCUUUACGAAAAGCUAAGAAUUGGAUUGUAGAAUUUUUGUUUAUAGUCAAUACAUCCCUCAACAAUACGUCCCAAAUUCUUAGCUGGUGAUAUACGUACCACGUAGUAUCUGUUAAAAUAACUAAGUCUGGAAACUUAGGUUCAAGAGAAAAUGUGAGAGAGAAAAAAAUUAAUCGUUCGACUCUUGAAGAAAAAAUUAAUAUAUUCAUUUAAAAGAUAUAAUAUAUUUAUUUAAAAAAUUUGUCAUUUAAUGUAAACCUUUCGACAUUCAACAUUAGUGCCGAAAAAGUGAUUGUUUCUUAAGAUUAUUACUGUAACUCGAGGACAAAAGGUGUGAAAGAUAUUACGAAAUGAUGAGUAGAACCGACACCGAAAUGUUCUGGCAAUCGCUCACAAACGUUCACUGAGCUCUCAGAACUGAAAUCAGAAGUAUAAAAGCGAAAUUCACAUUUUAUAAUCUCCCUGCUACGGAAAGCAAUGCAUUUCUGUAACAGAAGUUAUUUCGAAUUUUAUUUCGGGAAUUUAUCGCACACUGUGAGUUUCGCUUUGAUAUCCUUUAAUAUACAUAUAUUACGGUAAAGCACGCCCAACCGUGCUAAAGUACGGAGCUCGAUCGGGUGUUGGCAAUCGGAAUUGC